AUGGUGGAGGAAGCAGUUGGAAUCGAGUUGGGUCCGUCGCGAACUGCAGCGAAGAAUGGAGCUCAUCAAGAGCAGUCGUUCGACAUAUGCAGAGAAAUUCGCCACAUAGGUAAUGAAGCGAAGGCGGCUUGUGAUGAUUGGUUCUGCGGAUUCACUAAUGACCAUAAAUUACGACUUCAUAAACUUUUCGAUGGGAACUGUGCGCAGUAUAGAGUGCCGAUCAAUUUUUGCUGCGCUCGUCAUAAGGAUUGCUACAGACUGCAACUUGGAAAGCGGCACUGUGAUAGCAGGUUGUGUCUAUGUGUCGAGAAAUACUCCGAAAAUAAGGACGGCUGCGGACCACCAAUAGUCAGAAGCUGUAAGGAUGCGCGUAUGUAUGGAGAAAAGGCAUAUGAUGCAUUUUCUGCUGCAGGGACGAACGAAACAAGUACAUCCGAAGUAGAACUAAAACAAACUCAUUCUGAAUUGUUUGAUAUUAUUUUUGAUGGAUGUAGUGAGACUUUGUUUUCUGCAAAGGCUUGUAUCGUCAAUUUUAAUGAAUGUAUGAAAAAUAUGAAAGCAAGUGUUUGUAAUAAAUAUGUAACAGAAUGUAUCUCUUGUGGGGCUCGAAAUUCUUCGAAGUGUAUGGAUGCUGUGGAUGAAUUAAGAGAAAUUUUAGGUAGAAAAAGAACAAAAGACUGGAGCGAACACCAAAAAGCAAUGAUGUGGCUGACUCUUGUCGAAAUAAUUAUUUCUAUCAUCUCAGUAGGUUUAGCAAUAAUAAUUCCGAUUAAAAGAAGAACACCGAAAAAGGUUACAAGAAAGUCUGCCGAAAAAAUAAAAGGAUCAUUAGAAGAAAUUAAGCAGUCGACUGAAGAUUAUUAUGAAAAGAAUUAUGAGAAAAAACAUUCUGCUGAAGUCGUGGAAAAAUCGCCGGACCAUCCAGUUUUUCCCUACGACGCUCCGCCCAUGCCAAUGGAACCUUGGCUGCCACCUACGCCGACCCCGGAUCCUUGGCAACCAGGAUCGGACGACGAUUAUUUUUCGGUUACUGGAUCAAAAGAACAGGAUCACAGGCCAGAUGUGAACUAUAAGCCAUAUCAAUCGGAACCAGCGUACAUGGGUGGAAGUGCUGAGGGUUUUGAUCGAAGAGGAUCAGCAGAAUCCCAUGAGAGAAGAGAUUCACGUGAAACGGUAGCGAAACCGAAGAUUCCUAAGUCUGUGCCCAAGAAGUUCGCACAUACAAAGGAUAAACAUGGUUUGUUCAAUAGAAAGAAGGGUAAACAAAAACAAGCGCCUAAAAGAAGGCGACGAAAGAUUCCCAGAUAA